ACUCACAGCUGCAGCUAAUUUUGAUGAUUAAUAACUUUAAUAAAUCAUCGAUCACGGAACAUAAAACGCCAGAGAACGAAUCUAACCUGUGGCGCCCCCUGCUGGUGACACAGGCAAACUGCAGCUGUUCCUCAUAACACACUGAUUAUGAUAUUAAUUUUUUUAUACUCUUUGAGCUGAAAAAUCAUCCACAAUUGUUUUUAAUAUUUCCAUAUAAAUAUUUUAACAGCAUGAAGCAGCAUGACAGGUUAAUUAUUUCCUUCUUUUCUUCUUAUUCAUUUAUUUUGAAUAUGAUAAAUAUGAAACACUGAUGUCUGCAGUUUAUUUAUUGAUUGUGACCUUCACAGCUUGUUUAGCAGCUUCACACCUGCAAACAUUUACAGCUCAGAUCUAUGACUCAGUGUAACAGUGGAGUUAUUCAAUAUGAGGCAACAAUUAUAAAGUUAUCAUCAUAACACACACAUAUAAAUGUGACUGCUGUUAUUUAAUCUGUGUGUGUGAAGUGUUUCACUCUCUACAGCAUCUCUGCAGUAAAGUGAGCUAAAGUGCUGAAACAGCUGCUGUGCUGACAGGCUGACCUGACUGAUCAGUGAAAUAUAAACACACUCAACCUGUGACUGUGUAACAUCAGAAACAGAGACAAACAUGAGGAGAACCAGCUCAAGACUCCUGUGCAGGGGAAGCUGUCUGAUAGUGCGAAGUCAUCCUGUGUGUUCUGCUUUUGGGUUAUAGAUGUUUAGAUCUACGAGUGCACCUAAACACAGCAUGAAUGUUGAACCACACGAGCAGGCUGUUUACAACACUAACUUCCUCUCCAGAGUGAGACGGUGUGAGCUCAGAGAAAGAAACGUGUGAGAAGUUUCCUCCAUCAGGCUGCAGCUCUUAUCUGACCCAUCUGUGUGUGACUGGUUACAAAUAUGAUCAAUUAAACAGACAAAGCGCCCCCUGCAGGCCCCUCUUUCGGUACUAACUUUCUUUUGUGGUAUUUAUUUGCGACACCUUAAAGGCCGGUCCGUGAAAACAUUGUCAGGCAUAAACGGGUCCGUGGCGCAGAAAAGGUUAAGGGACCGCUGUCAUAGAGAUUUCUGGAUUGGAGCAUGUCAUCCUUCAGGACUCACAUCUGCUUUACAGUUUACUUUUUGACCAUGGGCCCGCUGAUACAAGCGCUCUUUAAAUGACUGUGACUCCAUCAUUGUUUGUGCUAGUGAGAACAUGUGAAUGGCUUUGAAAAGAUGAGAAGCUGUUCUUUACGGGAUAUUUGGUGUAUUACGGUAGCACAAAGCGUUCACAGGCUACUGCCUGAACUGUCUGAACACAGAAAAGUCAACUCUGCUUAGGUUUUACCAUCAGUGUUUUGCAAUGCCGUAACUCCUCCACCAACUGGGCUGGAGAGACAUUUCAAAGACGAGCUUUACGAAACUUUACUGUGCAUCAUUAGAAAGCACAAGCAGCCGCAGUCCAAUCACAGAGAAGAAAUGACAAUUGAUGAUGAUGAUGAUGAUGCACGGAGCAGAGAGGCAGGAAUGGAGAAGUGGCAACGCACAAAAAAAGACCAGGAGAUUUAAAAAACUCCAGUGUGGCCCAGGCUGAAAAACCUUUUUAUACAUAUUUAAAGUUGAUGUUGUGUUACAUUUUGUUCAUGUUGAAUAUCAGGUUCCACUUAAGUAUAAAGCUGAAAAAACUGUCUGUUUUGUUUCUUUCUAAAUGUCUGUCUAUAGUCUGGCCAGCAAAAUACUAAAAAUGAAAAGAGCUACAGUGGCUUGCAAAAGUAUUCUGCCCCCUUGAACUUUCCCACAUUUUGUCACAUUACAACCACAAACAUGAAUCAAUGUUAUUGGAAUUCCAGGUGAAAGACCAACACAAAGUGGUGAACAUGUGAGAAGUGGAACGAAAGUCAUGCAUGAUUCCAAACAUUUUUUACAAAUAAAUAACUGCAAAGUGGUGUGUGUGUAAUUAUUCAGCUUGAACAUGUGACUGCUGCAUCAGUGCACACAAAAGUCUUUGACAGGUUUUUAAGAUCAUGUCAGCAUCAGAGCGAUCCAGCGAUAUUGAUCAGUACAGGCAGCGUUAUGUUUAUAUUCUCAAAAAUCAACAGACUCAUAUUUAUGUUUCUGUCCAUGUGCACCUCUGCUGUCAUAUUUGGAUUUUAGAAACUUCCUCUUUCUGCUUGUUGGACAGUCCAGUGUUUCUUCUUUCCAGAGCUUAAUGUAAAUGAAUCCCUAUGUAACUGAUAUGUACACUGUGUCUUUGAGUCAGGGGGAAAAACUAUUUGUUCAUAUUCAAAUACUGAGUACAGAGUGUGUGUUAGUACAGAUGGUUAUUCACUGCAGAGCUGUCUGAACACCAGAGAAGAACCAGAUUCAAACCUGCAGGCUCAUUUCAUGUCUGUGUACAGAGUGCUGCGUGUCCAUCAAACAGUGAAGAGCUGCUGGAUUCAUUGUUUCCUCCAAAUGAAAGAAAAGUCAUUUUCAUGUGACAGAGCGACGAUGCAGUGGAGUCUGUUUCUGCUUCUUCUGAUGGGUCAGUGUGUCUUCAUCACAUGUCAGCUGUAUGAGUACCACUUUAUUAAAGAACAGAUGAGCUGGGAUGAAGCACGGGCAUACUGCAGAGAGAACUACACAGACCUGGCCAAAGUGUUUGACCUGACAGACAUGAGAAGACUUCAAGACUCUGCACAGAGUCAAACAGAAGCCUGGAUUGGACUGUACAGCGAGCCAGGAAGAGACAACAGGAGGUGGCACUGGUCUCUGCCGGGGGAGGAAUACACUGAAAAUAAGACCUGUUGGGGAACUGGAGAGCCAAAUGAUCGACCAUAUCCUGAGAACUGUGUGAGGAAAAAAGACAAGUGGGCAGAUGCUCCAUGUACUCACACAUUUCCAUUCAUCUGCUAUGACGAAACAAUGAAAGACAACAAAACCUUUCAUUUGAUUGGGGAGAUGAAGACCUGGACUCAGGCUCAGAGCUACUGCAGACAGCAUCACACCGACCUGGCCAGUGGACUCGAUCAGAUAUACAGUGAAGAGUUUAAGGAGCUGCUGAACUCUAAAGCCUCUAAGGUGAACUUGUGGAUCGGCCUGUUCAGAGACACCUGGAGGUGGUCAGAUGGGAGUAACUUCUCUUUCAGAUACUGGGACAUGGACUCAUUUAAUGAUGGACUAAACAACAGGACAUGUGCUACGACUCUGUUAGAGAGAUCAGGAAGAUGGAGCUCUGCUGGAUGUGACCAAAGAAAGCCUUUCUUCUGCUAUGAUGAUAAACUGAUUCUGAUCAGGGAAAACAAAACCUGGGAGGAAGCCUUGAAUUACUGCAGACAGAAACACGAUGACCAGGUUUCAAUCAGCAACCCUGAGGAGCAGGGAUGGGUCCAGGAAAGAGCCAAAAACGCCUCGACUCCUUUCGUGUGGCUGGGACUGCGCUACUCCUGCGCUGGACGUUUGUGGCUUUGGGUCACUGAUUAUGUAGUGUGCUAUGAGAGGUGGGCUUCAGGGGGAAGGACUGAAGACUGUGACAUGUCUGCAGCUAUGACCACAGGAGGGCAGCACGAGUGGGUCAGUCAGAGGGACAAUGAGACAUUUAAUUUUAUUUGUAUAAAACACUGAGGUUUAAACCUAAAGUCACUUCUUAGCUGCACAUGUAGAUUUUCUGGAGUGAACUCUGUGUUUCUGCUCAGUGUUUACAGUCUCUGGGUUUGAAAUGGGAGAAAAAUGUCCAACAGAUUAUUAUCUGCAGGUUAGAUAUGUGCAGAGAGCAGUCUGUGUUUCAUUUCCUCUCCUUUACCAGAGUCAGGAACAUCUUGGUUUCUUCCUUCAUUGUUGCUGGAUUGGUUCAUUAUUAAACUGUAGCAGGAUAUUUGUUUUAUUUAGUUCAGAUAUGGUGAUGGUUUGAAUGUUUCUGCUUCAUGUGCUGUAAAUCUUUGUAUCACAUCAUUGUAUCCUCAGCUUGAAUUACAAAGCCUGUCACUAAAAGAAUGUAAAACAAUGUUUGUGUCAUGACUCCAUAUGAGCUCUAAUCUGAUCAUGUUUGUUCAUGAAGACAAAUAAACCUUCAUUUAACCAAGUCUGUCACUGUUU